GUUUUUUAUAACGUCUAAAAUUUCAAAAUGACCGAAACUUUCACACCCAACCCGAUAAUUUAACUCUUAUCUAUAAUUCUUUUAAUCAACAAAUGAAAAGUUUACGGAUGUAGCUUGAAAGCACGUUACCUCUAAUGGAAAGAGGCGAAAACUACGUAAUUAAUUGAUAAAUAGUGCAAGUGUGUUGUAAGUGGAAAGUUGAGAUGAACAAAGUCGAUUGUUCUUGUAGCAGUUUUAAUCACGUUAACUGUUUACGGGAUAAUUUAUAAGACUAGCUGACUUUUGCGAUUGUUGUUACGUGACCUAAAUUGUAUAUAUAUCUCGAGUAUAUCAAAUGCGUUGGUUCUAAUUAAUGGCAAGAUAUAGGAUAUCAUACAGUUGCUCCUAGACUGUUAUGCAAUAAUAUAAUUAGCACUUUCGUGAUACUUUGUUUUAUUUAAAUUGUUUUUCACCCUCUAAUUGUAACAGAGUAUGUUUUAAUACUUAAGCUCUUCAUACUCAAUCUAUAGAUUAAAAAUUUAUCUGUUCUACUCGAAGAACAACCUAAAACAGAUGUCAAACAGCCAUCAACCGGCUAUUUUUUAAAACUGUUAACAGAUAAUCCGGGGGUGUUAUUUUUUGGCGAAAGUGAAAUCUUUUUUACAAAAUAAACGCAUUUGGUGGAAAUGUGCUGUACUUGUUCUAAUUCUACGCAUGUAAACAAGUAAAAAAUAUUAGCCUCUAUAAAAAUUUUAAAUUUCGUCUGCUAAAUGGCAAAGGUCAAGGUAACAGUGUUAUUUUUUGCAAAAUCACGAGAAUUAACAAAUCAGAGAAAGGUAGAGCACUUUUUAUCAUCUCCGACCAAUGAUCAUAAAGUAAAACAAGAGAUAAUAUCGCUAUAUCCGUGCUUGGAACCUCUUUCAGAAAAUUUAGUUUUGGCAUUAAAUCAGAAUUAUUUAGGUGAAGAAAUUAUUAAUUUGUCUGAAAACGACGAAAUUGCUGUUAUACCUCCAAUUAGUGGAGGAUAAGAAUUAUGGACUAUUGUACAUUAACAAAAGAUAAAAUAUUUUUGGAGGAGCUGGUAGAGCAAGUUUCGGAUGCGCGUUGUGGUGGAAUAGCAUCUUUUUUUGGAACAACUCGUGAUAAUUUCCAGGGUAAAAAAGUCGAGAGUUUGGAAUAUGAGGCGCAUGAGGAAAUGGCAAUUAAGGAAAUGUUUAAAUUAUGUAAAGAAAUAAGAGAGAAAUGGACAGAUGUUUGUAAAAUUGCAAUCGUCCAUCGUUUAGGAUUAGUAGAAGUCAAAGAAGCAAGUAUAGCAAUAGUAAUAUCCUCACCCCAUAGAAAAGAUUGUUUGGAAGCUGUUCAAUUUGCCAUUGACAAACUAAAAGCAACAAUUCCUAUAUGGAAAAAAGUAAUUAUAAACUACCUACAUCCUGCAUUUGUAACUUACGUCUCUACCUUUAAAGAAUCACUAAUGCCUAUUUUAUGUUUGCAGGAAAGAUAUUCUAAUGGUGAAAGUAGUUGGAAAGAGAAUGCUGAAUGUAGUUGGAAAACGAAGUGAAUAGCAUAUCGGAAGUUAUAUUCAUGUCUUCUUUUGCUAAUACUUGUUAAAAAAUACAUAUAACUUGGAAGUUAA